AUGAGCGGUCAAGGUCACCAGCAAGUCGAUAUUGCCAAUGCAGUUGGCGUUUCCCAGAUUGUGGUCUCCCGAGCUUUAACCAGAUUCAGAAAACCAAAAGUACCAAUAGGAGAGAUGUUAAUGGAUCUCAGCACAUUACGGCAGCAAGGGAUGACAGAAAUAUUUGGAUUACUGCAAGAAGCAACCCUUUUUAUAGUGCCUGACAGAGCCUAA